AUGGAGCCCAGAAUUCUCCCUGCGGCAUCAGCUUCAGGGCUGUCGAAAGUGACGACGCCUGCUGGGUCCCCACGACCAUCGACAGCCAGCGAAAUUCCGCUGAUUACAGAAGGUGCCAUAAUAGAUGUCGAGCUUCAGCCUACUCUGGAUGCAUCAAUCGGAAUCAACACAUGCGGCUGGCACGAAGGUAUCAUCAAUCGGGCUGACAGUAGUCGGAUAGGCACGGCAGUGACCUGCGCUUCACCAGCAACGUGCGCAUCCUCCAGCGCCUAUCUGGCAUGCUGCAUCGACCAACAAUGCUCGUCCAGCGUUUUCAAUACGGGUUGUCUGCCAUACACCGACGUUGCCUGUAAGGCGGGUACCCCAGGCCCGGCAACAAAAUGCUGCACCGACCAGGCAAGACCUGAAUGCCAGACUAUCUUCUGGCCCACGAGCCCCGGCGCGCCGGGGCAGACAGUGUUCACGAUGGUGGACUGGUGCGCUCCGACGUCACGGGCCGGCAGUGGCAUCCUGGGCACGACGCCUCCCCCUCAAACAUCGACGCCACCUCCGCUUCCGCAAGAGUCAGGCUUCCUCAAGGCCCCAGCCGGGACAAUCUUGGAACUAUUCCUCGGCGCGAUCCUCAUCCUCGUCCUCGUCGCCAUCAGCUGUGUCAUUGUCGCCCGCAAGGUGCGAUCGACUCGAGCACGGGAACUGCGAGCGAACGAUUCGCGGAGUUCUGUUACCGUUUCUGCCUCUCCGGGGAGACCUAGUCGAGAUCAUGGCAUUCCGCUGUCUACAAGCCCUGAGACUCCACGUACAACUGGGGAUACCAAGAUGGACCGACCUCGUCGUGGUGACAUAGAGCGCGGAUCUGCGGGAUUACAUGUGGCAUGAGCAGAAUUCAGCUCGCGCGGAAGAUCUGGACUGCACGAAUCUUCGAAAGUAUGGCACUUACUGUUGUUCCAG